UCAAUCAGUUGUGUUAGAUGUCGUCGCCGUCACAUCAAAUGUCCUGGUGGUGAACCAUGUACAAAGUGUAUCCAAGCUAAAUCUGCUUGUGAAUACAUAGAAGCUGAUAAGAAAAUUGUCGUUUCAGUAAGAUACCUUCAAAAACUUCAUGAUGAUGUUGCAAGAUUGAAGAAGGAUAAUAUAAGUCUAAGGGCGUCUUUGAAACAGGCUAAAACAAGAUCCGUUAGUGAAACCAACAGUGUGGCUGACGCCGAUAGUGAUGCAGGUAAUUCAACUAGUGCACUGGAUAGUUUAUUAGAAACUCCUGAUGUGGAUUCAAUUUUAUCAGCAACCUUCUCAUAUAAUACAGCUUCAAACAACCCUUCAGAACCAAAUACUGGGGAAGGAACAAGUAAUCAUAAUGAUGAAGUGGUUGCACCUUUUGUUGAUCAACAACGUCAAUUAGUUUAUUCAAGAACUGGUGAAAAAUUCUAUGUCGGAUCUUCUUCAAUGACAUUAUUUGGUAUUCAAGUCCAAAAUAUGAUUCCAAACAAUGAAUCUGAAAUAGUUAGUGGUGAAAAUCCAAGUUUAACUAAUACUGAAACCGUCUUGGAAAGAGAAGGGAAUGCUUAUAGAAUCAUGUUGGGUAAAACAAAGACAAGACCAGGUAUCUCUGUUAAUUUUACAUUGCCUUCAUAUUCUUAUGCAAUGUUGUUGGUGGAUACCUUCAUUACAUAUAACGAUGGUUGUUUUUACUUCUUCAAUGAAGGUGUCGUGAAGGAGAAUUUAAGAAGAGUUUAUAAUGGAUUGGGUACUGAUUCUUCUGAUUCAAUAAUUGAAACAAUUUGGUUUUGUAAAGUGUUGUUAAUCUUUGCAGUUGGUGAAAUGUACCUGGGUACUGCAAAUAACAUCAACGGUAACAAAUCACAAGAUGCUAAAUUACCUGGCUCUGGAUUCUUCCAUCAGGCUUCAGAAUUAUUUACUGGUCUUUUCGCAUCGGGUGCUAUUGAUAACUGUGCUAGGGAAGGUGGUAUUGAGGUUUUAUUACUUUAUGCAUUCUAUUUACAAGUUGCUGAUUGUACAGUUGCAUCUUACUUUUAUUUUGGAUUGGCAUUAAGAGCUUCACUUAUACUAGGUAUGCAUGUCGAUGCAGAGAAAGAUAAUGUUACAAGAUAUGAGUUAGAACAUAGAAGAAGGUUAUGGUGGACCGUCUAUAUGUAUGAAAGAAUGUUGAGUUCUAAAGCUGGUCUACCUUUAUCAUUGAAUGAUAAUAGUAUAGGAACAGAAUUACCUGAUGAUUUUGACAUGUUCAACCCUCCACCAGGAUGUGAGCAUUAUAUUUUCCCAGAAGCUGAAUACAUUACAAAUUGUGUGAAAAUUACCCAAAUUAAUGCUAAAAUAUUAUCAUGUCUUUAUCAAAAACAACCAAACAGUAAUAUCUUACCAGUAUUGGCGGAAUUAGUUGGUCAAUUAAUUGAGUGGAGAACCAAUCUACCAGAAUUUUUGAAGGCUGAUUUCAAUGCAAAAGAUUUACAAAUUUCAAGAUUAGUUACAAAUAUGAUGACAGAAUAUUUCCAAGGUAUGAAUUUAGCUGUUAGACCUUUAUUGUUCCAUUUUGCUUCAAAGCAAUUGAAAACUCACAAGACUGAUAAUAAAUAUAUUGAUCUAAGUGAUUACUCGAAAUCAAUCAUUACACUUUUCAACUCAUCAUUCCAAGCAUCUAUCAAUACAAUUAGAUCACUUUGGUCAUUGAUGCCUGAAAAUAUGGUUGCUCUUUUUGGUUAUAUGGAUAGAGAAUAUCUAUUCACUUCAGCAGCUACAUUGAUCCUGUUUAAUGCUGCAUUUGGUGUUCAUCAAGCAACUUUUGAACAUCUUGACCAUGCUUUACAAAUUUUCACAAAGAUGAGAAACUUGGGAAAUCAUGCUGCUGCUUUAAGAAGGGCACAAUUACUAAAAUUGAUGAGCACUUUAGAUUUCAACAAAAUUAUGCAACCUUUGAUUGCUAAGCAUACUGAUGAU